AUGAGGUUAUGUUUUAAAAUUGAAUUUAUAGUCAUUUGCACAGUAUUAUUGGAGAUUGUUCAGAUUGAUGGUGCUUGCAAAGAAUAUGGAGAAUCAUGUAUGAAAACUGUAUUUGACAAAUGUUGUGGUAGCAAUGUAUGUGAACUUACUGGACCAUUCAAUGGAAAAUGUGUUAGAUGUAUACAAACUGGUUAUUCAUGUUUACACAAUGGAGAGUGUUGUUCAAGGAACUGCUGGUUAUUUAAAUGUAAAUAA